AUGGAAACUACUGCCUUCAAUCUCACCCUUCCACACCAACAUCCAGACCCUGAGGCUGUUGCCGAAGAUAUAAAAAGAAGAGUCAAUGCAUCUCUAUCAAUAAGGCAUCUUUUGUCCAUUCAAGAAAAGGACCAAUGCCAAACCGGAAACCCCAUCGACGAUUGCUGGAGAUGCGACCCCGAUUGGGCUAACAACCGCCAACGUUUAGCUGACUGCGCCAUUGGGUUUGGUCAAGGCUCAUUAGGUGGUAGAGGUGGUCAGAUCUAUGUGGUCACUGACUCCUCUGACCACGACGCAGCCAACCCAAAACCAGGCACAUUGCGUUAUGGUGUCAUCCAAGACGUACCUCUUUGGAUCGUCUUUUCCACAGACAUGGUCAUCAAGCUCAAACAUGAACUUAUUUUCAAUAGCUACAAAACUAUUGAUGGGCGUGGUGCAAAUGUGCACAUUACAGGGUACGGGUGCAUAACACUUCAAUAUGUUUCCCAUAUUAUUAUCCACAACAUCCACGUCCACCAUUGCAAGCCUUCUGGUAACACUGAUAUAGCAGCAUCACCAACGCAUGUUGGGUGGAGAGGAAGAUCAGACGGUGAUGGCAUCUCCAUUUUUGGGGCCCAGAAGAUAUGGAUCGAUCAUUGUUCACUAUCUUAUUGCACUGAUGGUCUGAUUGAUGCUAUAAUGGGGUCCACUGGGAUCACAAUAUCAAACAACCAUUUUACACACCAUGAUGAAGUGAUGCUAUUGGGUCAUGAUGACAAGUACGCAUUGGACACAGGAAUGCAAGUUACUAUAGCCUUUAAUCACUUCGGUCAAGGGCUUGUCCAACGUAUGCCAAGGUGUAGAAGAGGGUAUAUACAUGUGGUGAACAAUGAUUUUACUGCUUGGGAGAUGUAUGCAAUUGGUGGUAGCGCUAACCCUACUAUAAAUAGCCAAGGGAAUCGAUACACUGCCCCACCUGAUAACAAUGCGAAAGAGGUAACAAAGAGGGUGGACACAAACGAGGGAGAUUGGGCAGGUUGGAAUUGGAGAACAGAUGGGGACAUAAUGGUAAAUGGAGCAUUCUUUGUGCCCUCAGGAGCUGGUUUGAGUGCUCAGUAUAGUAAAGCCUCCAGUGUGGAACCCAAGUCUGCUGGGUUAAUUCAACAACUCACCAUGAAUGCUGGUGUCUUUGGUGACCCCAGAGAUGAUAGUGGGGGCAUUUCUAAUCCGGGAUUCAAUGGAGGUGGGACCAGCGCCACAACCACCACAGGCGGUGGUCAGGGGUCCGGGGCCAGCGGCAGUGAUGGCGACUACUUCGGAAUGAUAUUCGGCAGCAGCGCUCCACCUCCCCCACCACCCACAUCUACUAGCUUAAUCUUUUUACAAGCUAAAGUUUCAAGACAAACACGUACACCAAUACAAUUUUAUGACGGAAACCUAGAAGGCAUAUUCUGGCAAGAGGGAACUAACAUUCACGAGAUACAACUACCAGAAAUAAUGCUCAAGCACAGGCUAACUUAG